GCGCGCUCUCAGCGAUGACCUCAUCCCUGGGACGGGAUGACGUCAAAUACAAGAUGGAUGGAAUCACGGCGGCUGUGCGGACGACGCAACUCGGAAAACAAUAACAAGGAAAAGAGGGCGAGAGGGAGAGAGAGAGACCGGAGACCGGACCGGGGAGAGGAGAGGAGCGGGAAGGGCUCGCGCGCUGGUCCCGGUGACGCGGGCCGUGAUGGAGAGCCUGGUGCACUACAGCAGCCCCGCCCACGCCCUCUCGCUGCUGGGCGUGCUGAACGAGCAGCGUCUGAAGGGCCAGUUUUGCGACGUGGUGCUGAUGGCGGGCGAACAGCGCUACCCUGCCCACAGGAACGUCCUCGCCGCGAGCAGCGAGUACUUCCAGACCCUGUUCUCCAGGAGAGACUCUGAGAACCGAGACAUGAUCCAGCUGGACUUCUGCGAACCCGAGGCUUUGGAGAUCGUCCUGAAUUACAUCUACUCGUCGUCGCUGUUCGUGGACAGAGGGAGCCUGGCGGUGGUGCAGGAGCUGGGGUACAGUUUAGGCAUCCCGUUCCUGACCAACAUCAUGUCCACCAGGCCUCAGGUGUCGUACUGCGUGACUCGGAAAAGGCUGUGCUUUCCAGACGAGGACGAAAGCUCGUUCACGCAGAGGAGCGUUAUUGUACACCAGGGUGGCACGGGUGUAGCUGAUAGAGAGAAUGUGGGAGUCCACAGAAAAGCAUCCAGACACGCACGGGAGGAGACGCAGUCUGGUUCGGGUCUGAAUUAUUGUUUGUCGAAAUACGGUCAGCCAACAGAAACGGGGCUCAAUCUUAGCAAAAAUGCUAAAAACAACGAAGAGAAGGACUCGCAUUCCGCCACCAUGCAGUCUUUGCCGUCCAUCCUUAAGGGCCGCGUGGAGUACAGAUCUCCCCCGGGGAGGCCGCAGUUAACCUCCUCGGUGUCUUUUAGUGAAACCAUACAGCACUUAAGCUCCGAUCCUGCCGACGACCCGGCGGAGGACGUCAAGUCCGAGCAGAACUACGACUCGAAGACCGGCAUCGGAGUGCAGCAGGGAGGGCGUAACCAGACUGUGGACCGGAGCGGGCCGCUCAUUAAAAGCCUGCUGCGUAGAUCUUUAUCCAUGGACAGUCCGGUUCCGGUUUUCUCUCCGGUUCUGGAGCUGAAGGACUCGCACAACAGGGAGCAGCCUGCAGCCGUACAAUCUGCCACAAACGCCGUGGAUGCGCCCUUGUCUGGGAGCAAACACCACCUCCCCCCGCUGAUCCUCAGGUCCAAACAGCCUGAUGUGACCAUCAAGGAAGACCAGGAUGCUCACGGGGAGGACGGCGUAACGGUCAAAACGGAGGCCAGCAGCCCAUUAGCUGAUCCUUCAGAAAUCAUUCGGGUCACAGUGCAGGACGGUCUGCCCGUUAACUUCAGAGAUUUCCAGGCUAACUUUGACGAAAGUCCCAGGCCUUACUUCAGUCCUCCAGGGAAGAGGAGACUUUCUUUGGUCGGUAACUCCAACACAUUUAAGCGAACCAAAGUUUUAAAUGAACACCAGUUUGCGGAAGAGGAUGGCGUCACCGACGAGUCACCUCGCAACACGGAGGAUCAGGAGCCCGGGGAACUGAGGCCCAUGAAGAUGUUCAAGUGCUGGAGCUGCAUGAAGGUGUUCAGGUCAAACGCAGGACUUUACCGCCACGUAAACAUGUACCACAACCCGGAGAAGCCGUACGCGUGUGACAUCUGCCACAAGCGCUUUCAUACCAACUUCAAAGUGUGGACGCACUGCCAGACCCAACACGGCGUGGUCCAAAACCCGGCGGCUUCUUCCAGCUCCUACUCCGUGCUGGACGAGAAGUUCCAGAGGAAACUCAUAGACAUAGUUCGAGAGCGGGAGAUAAAGAAAGCUUUGAUCAUGAAGCUCAGGAAAAACAAGCAGGGCCAUCAGGCUCAGGCGUUCGCCAAGAAAAGCCGGAGAUCGAGAUCUUACGGAUGUCCUUACUGCGGGAAAACGUUCUUCUUCCAGUCACAUUUUAAACUGCACAUGAAAGGACACACGGCUGAGAGAGCCAGCCUGGACGUACAGGAUGAGGAGGAACUGCGUGAGCAUCAGGAGCAAACGGGACACGUCAAGGAGAACCAGGAGAGAGAGGUUUUCCCCUGCAGGCUCUGCAACGUCAAACUGUUCUCUCUGAGCGAGCUGGAGGAUCAUGAGCGGGCGUGUCGCUACGCCACCGUCUGUCCGUACUGCGGCCUCAGGUUCUCCAGCACGCUGGUAAAGAAGGAUCACGAGGUUCACUGCAAGUACAAAAAGCUGACCUGCCUCGAGUGCAUGCGCACUUUUAAAUCCUCCUUCAGCAUUUGGCGCCAUCAGGUUGAAGUUCACAACCAGAACAUGAUGAGCGUCAGGGAACAGCUGACCUUCGGGUACCACGACGUUAACCAGGAGACGGCGGAACGUUCCGGAGAACCGACGCCUCCUAAAGAGGCGAUGAGAGACGACCCGAUGUACGGCGACUCGGAGGACUCGUCUUCUUACCUCCCGGAGGAUCUGAGCUCCGCUCAGGGCAAGCUUAUCAUCAAGGAGGAACCGCAGGAGGAACCGGUGAUGGACGGAGAACCCUUAGAAACCCCAGAGGAACCGGGCGUGCGGCCUUGUGAGAAAUGCGGCAAACUCUUCGGCUCUCACAAAGCACUCGAGCGCCACCAGGAGCUCCUUUGCCACAUCAAGCCCUUCAUCUGCCACAUCUGUCACAAAGCGUUCCGGACCAACUUCCGCCUCUGGAGCCACUACCAGUCUCACAUGUCCUCUGCAGAGGAGCCGGUAAGCGGACAGACGGACAGGCCGCCCUGCUCGCCUCCCUCCUCUCCGACUCUCGCCGUCUCCUCACAAGAGCCCACGCCCUCACAAGUGUCUUCACCAAAAUCGGGUCAAUCCAGAGGUACGGUCCCCGAGGACGAACACGGAACCCUCACGUCUUCUCUGUCCAACCCCGAGCAGGAAAAGUCAGCCGGGGACAUCUCGGGAUCCGGGACAGACGGUGCAGAAAACGCGGUGACUUCUCAGGAAUCGGACACGCUCUUUUAUCACGCACCAACGUUGUCUGCUCUGACCUUUAAGAGGCAGUACAUGUGCAAGCUCUGCCACAGGACCUUCAAGACCGCCUUCAGCCUGUGGAGCCACGAGCAGAGCCACGGGCACAUCUGACCACCUCGCCCUCCUCCUCCUCCAACACAGACAGAGCCGUGACGCAUGUGUACACACACAAGUUUGUGUGUGUGUGUGUUUGGUUCAGUAAAACAGCGCUGAUAGUGUCUCCAAGAUGGUGCCAAACCUUCAGCACACUGAUCACGUCUCAACUGCGCUUGGGUUAACAGGGACCACAGGGUUUUCACACGCAGACACACGCUUAUCCGUUCAUGCAUACUGUCUUUUUUUUUCUCCCCUAUUAUUCCGGGUGAACAACACGUACAAACAUGGCAGUGUGUUUCUCAGAUCAUGAUCACCUCACGCUACUCACCUGCAGUGACUCUGGGGAAGUGCUUUACGUCAGAGUCACGCCUGUUUUACGUCUCUGUGACACGUGACGCCUGCAGCGAGAGACACAAGUGUUCAGGAUGCUUCCUUUCCUCCUGUGUGUUUGUGUUUAUAAUUAUGUAUUAGAUUUAUAUCGUAUUUAACCCUCGGCCCGUCUGAGGGGCGGAGCUUCCGGUCGUGUGUCUUUGGGAUUUGGGUUGCCUUAUGACAUCACACACAGGAACUAACACAAACUGUUUCAUUUCUACUGGCUAAACGAGUGUUAUUAUUAUUAUUAUUAUUUUGAUUAUUAUUACAGCGGUGCCUCUGCAUAUGAGUUUAAUCCGUCCCGGACGCGAGUUUCUAAGGUGAAAUUUCAUAUUGUGAAAUGCAUUGUCCCUCAGGAAACAAUGUAAAUGUAGAUAAUCUGUUCCAUUCACUGAAAAAUAUUACCAAUAUUACCAAUUUUCAAAACUAUAAUCAUAUUUUUGCAUAUAAAAACAAUCAAAACAUGUAAAUAAAGUAAAAUAGAAAUAGAAAUUAUCACCUUUUAUGUUUCUAGUUUAUGAUUUCUCUUGGAAACGGCUGUUUUAAAAAAAACAAACCUAAAGUGUCUCCCUUUUCUUCUUGCUGCCGUCCUUGAUAACAUCCUCGGGACCACGUUGUGCUGUGACUUGACUAAAUCUUACACGCAAUUAAAAAUAAAGUAAACUCAUUUGGCUUGGCUUUCCUCUGAUGCAAGUUUUGAACUUCUCCGGGACGUACGCGUGACUUACACACAUGUGCCACCUAGUAGUGAGCCGGCGCUCGGUUCGGUCACUCAGAUACUGAAAAUGCUUCGUGUGCCGAGGCUCAUUAGUUAACAGAAUUUCAGCUCUUAAGGUGAAACUUUGUGUGCCGGGGCGUUUAUAUGCCGAAGUACCGCUGUAGUAUUAUUAUUGUUAUUAUUAUUAUUAUUAUCAUCAUUAUUAUUAUUAUUGUUAUUAUUAUUAUUAUUGUUGUUCUUUAGAACUCUAGCAGUGCAUGAGAUGUCGAGGUUCGGUUUCUUUAACGGUGUUGAAAACUAAAACGUGUUAUUCUCCUAUCACAGUAUGUUUGUUUUUUUCCCAGGUGUGUGUGUGCACAUUAACAUAUGAAACCAUGAACCAAAACAUGUUUUUGUUCUUUUUUUA